GUGAGACAAAUUAUUUGUACAUAAGCAUGACAUAAGAACUAAUAAAUUUAAUUUAGAAACGUAUUAAAAUAAAACAAAACUUGGUAUAUUUGUUUGCAUGUGAAGCCAAUUGGAGAUCCAUUACAAAACAGUUUUCCACUUGCCUCAAACUUUGAUCAAAAUCCUACUUAAUUUAACUAUAAAUAUCAUAAUCAUGUGAAAAAACCAAACACAUUGAAAUCAAUUUCUCCCUUGAUGGAUAUGCAUUGCAAUCUUGUGCAAGAAAUUACAAAUUCAUAUGAUGAAUUUGAAGAUGAAGAUGAUGUUUUCUAUGAUGAACUUAGAAGGCAAGUUUUGCAGUUGACGGCAGACGAAGAUGAUGAAUUCUAUGCUAAUGUUAGAUUUCCGAGCUCCGUCGAUACCCGGAGAAAAGGGUUAAGAAGUAGCCCUCUUUUGGUGCCACAGUGUAGAUCUCCUUACAACUGGACAGAGAACUAUGCAACUCCUCCAUGGCUAUUGAGCUUAUGGAGAACUAAUGGAAAAGGGAAUGGAACUGGAGUUUUUAUACCACAGAAUAUCAAGUCUAGUAGAAGAAGAAAUUAUAGACCAAGAAGGAAGAACAAUGACACAGGAAAAACGCAGAAGCUGGAGGAAAAAAUGUGAUUCUUGAAUUAAUUUGUAUUAAAAAAAUAAUAAGCCAUUAAGAUGUAAAUUUCUGUAGCAUAUUAUUUUUUCAGAAUGUUAAUGCAUAAUAAUAUAUAUUUGAAAGGUUUAUGCUGAUCGCAGAACACGGCAAUCAUUAGAAAUUCACGAAUUAAAUAUGCUGCAAUAGACUCUUUCCCAUAACCACUCAUACCAGACCAACCACUAAAAUGCAAAUAGGGAUCAGAAAUGCAGUCAAUAUCAUGACGAAUAAUCAGAAACAGAGGGAAGGAAAGGAG